AUGCCGUCUCCCAUCGCGUUGAACCCCUCAUCCCCUUCUCCAUCCAUCUUUAAGGAGAAAGAAUUUAACCAGUUGCCGUCAAUGACAACGGCAGUGUCGUACCUUGCUGCUGUUCAACAAGCGGACACCCGCGCUCGCAGUCACGACAACUCCUCUGUAGCAUCGACUCCUCCACUUUCCCAAUCGCCCUCCAUCACAACUUCCUCUGAGGACACCGCUCUCAGCGAAGACGAUGAACACAACGGUCUCGUGUACCCCCUCAUACCGCCCACGUCAGAGCAAGUUUUCACUACUGUUCACACGGAGUUCGGUCACUGUGCGAAUGAGACCUAUCGUUGCAUCUCCAAGCAUGACUACACGAAGCCUUUCCAGGAGCACACCAUUGAGGCGCCCCCAUACUAUAUCCUCCUCGCCACACACAUAAGCCUGUUCAUUCUCCAUUUAUUAGGUCAUAUGCGCGACUUCUUCGGAAAACAUUUUGCGAAGUCUUAUUUCUCCCACCUUAUGCCAUAUAAUGGCUACGCUGCGUUGAACACGGAUUUUGAUUCAUUCUACACUCGGCGGCUCAGGGGUCGUAUGACUGACUGUUUGUGCCAACCUGUUACGGGUGUUCCAGGCCGCACUAUUGUUACUCUCGACCGUUACUCCACCGAUAACAACUACACUCAGAUCUACACCGGUGGCAAGACACGUGCGCUGAACAUUUCAUCGUACAACUAUCUCGGGUUCUCCCAGGGCAGCGGCGGCUGCUCAGACGCAGUCAAGGAAAGCAUCCGCCGAUAUGGCGUUUCCACCUGCAGUACACGUCUCGAGAGCGGCAGCAGCGAGCUCCAUGUGUCUGCUGAAGCUCUUGUUGCACGUUUUGUCGGCAUGGAAGAUGCUUUGAUCAGUUCCAUGGGAUUCGCCACCAACUCCACUUUCAUCCCUGCACUAGUAGGAAAAGGGUCCUUGAUCAUUUCUGACGAAUUGAAUCACGCUAGUAUUCGCGUUGGUGCACGACAGAGUGGUGCACAAGUUCGGAUGUUCAAGCACAAUGAUAUGUCAAGCCUCGAGUCCCUGCUGCGUGAGGUAAUAAGUCAGGGCCAGCCCAAGUCGCAUCGUCCGUGGAAGAAGGUGCUGGUCAUCGUCGAGGGUUUAUACUCCAUGGAGGGCACGGUCGUGAACCUGCCGAAAAUUGUCGAGCUGAAGCAGAAGUACAAGUUCCACCUCUAUAUUGACGAGGCGCACUCAAUCGGUGCGCUUGGUCCUCAUGGGCGCGGUGUGACGGACUACUUCAACAUCCCUCCUCGUUCAAUUGAUGUCUUGAUGGGCACUUUCACCAAGUCCUUUGGUGCUGCUGGUGGAUACAUUGCAGGACCCAAAACUCUUAUUGAUGCUCUCCGGCUGCGCGGACACUCCGGUCCGUAUGCAGAAGCAAUGGCGCCCCCCGUUCUCACCCAGGUCGUCUCGUCGAUGGCCAGUAUCAUGGGCGUUGUUCCAGCACCACAGCUAACCAAUUCCACGUUUUCCCUCAGCCUUGUGGGCUCAAUCAUUACGCCGAAGGACAGUGCAGAAGAGCAUUCAGGUAUGGUACCUGCAAGCCUCUUGCCGACGUGGAUGAACCUGCAUCCGGCUCUUGCCGACGGAUCUGAAGCUCGCAUGCGUAUUCGCCGUCUUGCCUUCAACUGCCGUUAUCUCCACGCGGGCCUCAGGAAACUCGGUUUCAUCAUCUAUGGACAUUCCUUCAGUCCGAUUGUUCCCUUGCUCAUCUUCAACCCGGGAAAAUUACCCAUGUUUGUGCGUAUGAUGCGUGCGCACAGUCCACCGAUCGUUGUCGUUGUCGUAGCGUACCCUGCCACUCCGUUUGAGACAGCCCGUGCGCGGUUCUGUCCCAGCGCAUCGCACACAAAGGAAGAUAUUGACACGGUGCUGCGGGCAUGCGAUGAGGUAGGCGGAAUUCUGGACUUGAAACAUGGUUCGUGCGAGCGGUGGGGCAUUGAUGAGGUCUGUGAGCGUGCGGUGGAGCUUGUGCAUUCUGUGUAACGUUUGAACGUCUGCGUGACUGUCUCGCCUAGUGCGUGUUCGGUCCAUCUAUCUAGGUCCAUCUAUCCAUAUUCCAUAUGCAUAAUUUAACUUAUAUAAAACGGAGUGUUUGUUCUCGUGGAAGCAA